GAGUCGCAAGAAGGGUCUGGGCUUUGUUCUGCGACAAGCUGACAAGGAUGGGCGAUGGCACGUCAUCCAAGCUGGAUCACGCUUCCUCAGUGAUGCCGAAACGCGGUACGCGACCAUCGAGCUUGAGGCGCUCGCUGUAUGCUGGGGCCUACAGAAGUGCCGCCUGUUCAUCGGAGGACUUCCGAGCAUCGAAGUAAUCACGGACCAUCGUCCUCUCGUACCAAUCCUCAAUAGCAAGACGCUAGACGAAAUUGAAAAUCCAAGGCUGCAGCGUCUCAAGUUACGGAUGAGCGAGUUUGGGACAAUCUCAGCAAGAUGGGUACCGGCCUCCCAGCACAGCGCUGCAGACGCCCUGUCUAGGAACCCGAUCGAGCACCCAAACGAAGACGACGAGUGUGGAGAGGAUGCAACGACUUCCUGCAUCCAGUCUAUCGUCAUCAGUGAACUCAAGGCCCAUGACGUCGACAUCAGUCUCAAAGAGGUCCGGGAGGCUGCUGCUGCGGACCACGAGUUCCAGCUACUGGCAGAAGUCAUUCGGAACGGCUUCCCUGACAGUAAAUCAGAGGUUCCAGAAGCCGUCAAAAGGUACUGGCCAGUUCGAGAUCGCCUGACAGUGGACGAUGGAAUCGUUCUUUGUGGAUGCAGGGUCGUUAUACCCCCAUCCCUGCGGAAGAGAACGCUCGCGACACUCCACGCGGGGCACCUGGGGAGAGAAAGGACAAUUUCCAGAGCAAGACAGAUCGUCUACUGGCCAGGAAUGAAUGCUGACGUCGAUCACGUCACAAAGUCGUGCGACCGCUGUCAGAGUGAGCUCCCCUCCCAACAGCGGGAAACGCUGAUCCAGCACGAGCUUCCAGGACGACCCUUUCAGCAUCUGACUGUCGACAUUGGAAGUCACGCUGGAGGUGCAGACUGGACGAGGACGCCUGGACGAGAGGGAUCCUCCAACACUGGAACACGCCCGGUAGCUGCGGAGUGUCGCCAGCUCAGCUCGUGUACGGACGACCGAUCAGAGACACUCUGCCAUCACACCCUGAUCUCUACAAACGGCAGCCCCCUGAGGAGUUCGCUGACCGACGGGAGGAGUGCCGUCGUAAAACUAAGGAGCGCUACGACAGCCGAGCACGGGAUCUCCCCGAGUUCCCAGUCGGAACCCAUGUACGGGUGCAAGACGUCCGCACCCGCCGGUGGGAGAGGUGCGGCACAGUGACUGACGUCCUACCGUUCCGGAGGUAUCGUGUGCGGUUUGACGAUGGCGGCAGUGUAGACCGCAACCGGUGCCACCUUCGCCGGAGGUAUGCUGUUGUUGAACCGUGUCUAGCGGAGAGGAGCGGUGCAUCGGACAACUCAGGUCCGACCGGGCAGCGUCGCGCCGAGGUGCCCAGCGGAGGCCGACAGCCGCUUCAGGGGACGUCCCGUCUCGCCGAGGAGCCGCCGCUCCGACGGUCGACGCGGACGAGGAGACGGCCGAGGCGUCUGAUAGAGGAGAUGUAAUGAUAGGCUUGCGUGUGCGCAGCGUGAUGUUUCUUUUCACUUGUUAAGUUAUUUUGUUGUUAUUUUGUUGUCAAGUUGUUUCCGUUGUUACGUUAUGCUGGUACUUACGGCUGUAAUAUGAGCUCAGGUGGGACCCCUGAGGGGAGGGGAGAUGUGCUGGUGUCCCCGCCUCCAUUGUGCGUGGUGUGCCGGUGUGUGCCCGAGUUGAGUCCCUGGAGACGCCACUGCCGUGCCCUGCCCUCCGGCAGUCGGCCGGCCGGCUGGGUUCCUGGUCCCUUGGUGGUCAGUUGGAGCGGAGCACCAAUACA